ACAACACAGAGUCCAAUGAGGAACCUUCCAGGAUUCUGGAUACCUAAGGAUGUCUCAUGGGAAAAGUUCACCAAACAAGGCACACAGAGAGCAAGAGAGCAGGAGCAGGGGCAGGGGUAGAGGGAGAAGCAGGCUCCCCACUGAGCAGACUCGAUCCCAGGACCCCAAGAUCAUGACCUGAGCUGAAGGCAGACGCUUCACCGACUGAGCCCCCCAGUGUCCCAUCCGUACAGAUUUUAGAACCAACUUGUCAGUUUCCAGGAAACAAGGGCACGAUGUUUGCACGAGGCUUAAAGAGGAAAAGCGCCGAGGACGGGGAGGACGUGGAAGGAGGCCUGGCAGGUGCGCAGGCCACGCCUUCCUACAGCCUGCAGCGCCAGUCGCUCUUGGACAUGUCCCUGGUCAAACUGCAGCUGUGCCACAUGCUGGUCGAGCCCAACCUCUGCCGCUCGGUCCUCAUAGCCAACACAGUCCGGCAGAUCCAGGAAGAGAUGACCCAGGACGGGGCCUGGCGCGCGGUGGCGCCCCAGGCGGCAGGGCGGGCGCCACUGGACCGCCUCGUCUCCACUGACAUCCUGUGCCGCUCGGUGCGGGAGCCGGAGGGAGAGCGCCCUGCCCCUGACGCAGGAGAUGGCCACACGCCAGACCUGGUUCCGGGACUUGCCGCGGUCCCGUCUGCACAGGCCCUGAGGAGCCCGCAGAGCGGCCUCUGGGAAGUGGACAGCUCUCGAGAAAACAGAGGCGGCUUUCAGAAGUCCCUGGAUCAGAUAUUUGAAACGCUGGAGAAUAAGACGUCUGGUUCUGUGGAAGAGCUGUUUGCAGACGUGGACAGCUCCUACUACGACCUGGACGCGGUGCUCACGGGGAUGGUGGGCAGCAGCCAGUCGGGCCACGGCAGCGGGCUCCAGGCCUUCUCCUCCACGACCGCGCCGCCUCCCAGUUCCAGCUGCAGGUCGGAUCUGGGUGAGCUGGACCACGCGGUGGAGAUCCUGGUGGAGACUUGAGAGGGCAGCUGUGCCCUGAUGGGACACGUUGCGGAUGGAUUCAUCAGGCAUCCGGAGUGCUUGGCCUGUGAUGCUUGCUGCCCUGCGUCUGUGGGCUCAGCGCCUGGUUUGUCUGUGAUGAGGGGAACGUUCCAGAACAGCAUCCAGUUGCUCUCUCCCAUUUCUCCCCAAGGGGGCUAGGCGGUUUUCCUUCGGGCUGGUCGUCUGGGCCAGUCUGACAUCCCGCUGGCCUUGGGCACUCGUCCCCUCUGUCCUGCUGCAGCUCUGUGGAGGGCUCGAGUUGCCAGCUCUGUAUCCAGCCUGGUUUAACUUUAGAUAGGUGAAUUUUUUUAAAUUAAGUUUUACAUGUUUUGGGCAAUAUUUUGUCUUAAGAUAUAUUUUUUAAACUUUUGUACUUUUAUCUUUUUAGAUUUUUUCAGCUAUUUUCUUAAAAGUAUAUUUUUUCUAUAAACAUUUUCUGCUGCUACAUUAGAAACUUAUAACCUAAACAGUUGCAGUUGGUGUAUUUCUUUUUUUAAGGUUUAAGUAAGGACUUUUUUUACAUGAAGCUUCACUCCAUGUAGCAUACCUAGGUCGUGAAUUUUCACUUGACGUUUGUGUGAACCUUUUCCUGUCCUCUGUGACGAUUAGAGCACCUUGCAUAGCCCCACCUUUUAUUCUUGAGUGUCAUUACCAGAUCUGCUGUGCCAGCCCUGUCUUCGUUAGAGUUACGUGGGGAUUUCAGAAGGUUUUAUUUAUGCCUAUUUAUAUGUAUAUGUUGGAGGCGAGGGUCAGAUCCUGUCACUCGGUCAGAUUGUGGGCACCCCAGGUGUCUCAGGCGGUGCCUUCAGAGGAUCUGACUCUCGGGGCCCCUCUUGUGUGGUUUUCCCAGCACGAUGGGCCUCUCCCCGGAAGAUGCUGCCCCCCAGCGUGCCUCACCACUGUAGAGGGCCUCCGACUGGUAUGGACAUUAAUCAAGGGAAACCUAAUGGAGUGGGGAGGCCUGAAGGAGGGGGCUCUCACUCCGUCCCACUGGACAUCAAGGAUUGUCGAUCACAAACCCAGCAGAAGAAUCCUCAACAGGAAAGAGUCCGUUGCAGGCCCCACAGGAAAAGGUGCACAUUGCAUCUCCCACCAGAAACUACCGGCCCCAGAACCUCAGCCAGAGACAAGCCCUCAUCACCCAGGACUCCCGCUUCUCUCCAGUGCACUUACGUUCCAAACAGCCCUUCCAGCUUCCUUCUCUCUCCAUAAAUAAUGUUCCUCUCAUUUGUUUGUUGGACUUGCGUAUGGUUCUGCCGUAGCAGGUUGCAAUUCUGUUAUUCCUGAAUAAACCCAUUUUACUGGUAAAAA